AUGGCCGCCAUCGAAAGAGGAAACGAACGUUUGUUGUUGUUUCCGUGGGCGGGGGGAGGGAGCCUCAGAGAGUACUGGGAUGAUGAACCACGGACGCUUCCCACUGCUUCCACCAUUAAGGAACUGCUCGUCCAGCUGGAAGGCCUCGCCAAUGCACUUCGCCAGCUCCACUACUUCGGCUUGGAAGAAGACACAAAUAACCGGACAGAUCCAGACGAACAACAGGGUGAUGGCACAAAAGAUGUCACCGAGGAAUACAGCGCCGGGACAUCUAUCCGCCAUGGAGAUCUCAAACCUGAAAAUCUUCUCUGGUUUACGGAAAAUGGCGGCCGACGUCUAACAAUAGCCGACAUGGGUCUAGCGAAGCGUCACAGCUUCGCCACACAGGAACGACCGAAACCCACCACGACCAACUCGGCAACGAUUCUAUACGAAGCACCUGAAGCGAAGACAUCCCUUGGGAAGAAAGCGAGGUCCCGUCAGUAUGACAUCUGGUCGAUGGGAUGCAUCAUAACAGAAUGGAUGAUCUGGAUUCUGUACGGCAAUACCGAACUCAAGAGGUUCUACAACCACAUAAUGGGACCCAAUCCGGAACCCCACAAGUGGGUUCCUUACUACGAAAUCACUCCAACCGAUGAAGGCCCCGAUCUAGCGGCUGCUGCAGCACCUAGAGAAAGGUCGCAGGCUCUCCUCUCGCCCGGACAGAUUCACCAGAACAACAAACAGGCAACGACAAGUGUCAGCCUUCAAGUCCCUCCAACGCCAAGUGCAAGACUUGAAAACUGGGAGUUUCCCGUCGACAACGGGUUCGCCAAAAAUGUCGCACUCCGCCUGGGCGAGGCUUCGUUAAACUUCCAUCACUCGGCACCUACGUUCCUCUGCGAUCGCUGCGCCAAACUCAGAUUCUGGGAUCCAGGUUUCUACUUCGAAGACAGCUACGAUAGACUCCAGCAAAAGUCAUAUUCCUGUCAGCUGUGCGAAAUGCUUUGGCACGCGUGUUCCAAUUUGCCUGGGGCGGGUCGCCCUCGCGCGGCUGUUCGCUUUGAGAGGGUCGAGUCGAUCAUCAAGUUGAUAGGCAUCCAGACGCUGCCAGUUCUUUCGAUUCUAAGAAACUUUAAAAGUUCGUACUUGGUCUCGAAUUUCCAGAUUGGGUUUCCACAACUUCCAAAAGCUGGUACUGGCCUAUUCUUCAACAUACUGGAGUACUGGUUACAAGACUGCGAUAACCACCAGGGCUGCAGAGUCACAGGGGAGGCAAGGCUUCCCACCAGGUUGAUUGACGUGGGGACACAGCAACUGCCAAUCUUACGACUUGUCGAGACAGGCGAGGGUAUCUCUGGCGACUCCAGAUACAUUGCUCUAUCUCACCGCUGGGGCGACACCAGAAAGCACCGGCCUUUUUGCACGCGUCUCAAGGACGAGAACGGACACGACAUUGAGUCUUUCAGGAAAGCCAUUCCCUACAAGGAUGUGCCACAGACAUUUAGAGAUGCUAUAGAGACGACCCGCCGUCUAGGCAUCCGGUACCUCUGGAUCGACUCUUUGUGCAUUAUCCAAGGGGAUGGCGGAGAUUUCAACACCGAGGCCAAGCGUAUGGAGGACGUCUUCAGUUGCGCUUACUGCGUGAUCGCAGCCAGUCGAGCCUCCAACCCGCACGAUGGCUUCCUGGGAGACAGACCACAGCGCCAAUUCAUCGCAAUGCCACAAGAAGAAUCCAGCUCUGUCUUUUUGUGCGAGGCAAUCGAUGAUUUCGGCCGACACGUGCUGGAUGGCGCUCUCAACCAGCGCGGCUGGGUUCUCCAGGAACGUGCUCUUGCGCGACGAACGAUCUAUUUCACGGAGGCCCAGGCAUACUUCGAAUGUGGUAAAGGGGUGAGGUGCGAAACUCUUGCAAAAAUGCAGAACAGCAUGGCAGAGUUUCUGGGUGAUGCAAGGUUCCCCGAAAAGGCCAUGAAGGAAAACUCACGCGCCAUCAAGAUACGCUACUUCCAGGAUCUGUAUCGUCGAUACUCGCAGCUCGAGUUCAGCCAUAUCCAAGAUCGUCCCAUCGCCAUCGCCGGUCUGGAGAACAGACUGCGGAAAGCGUACUGGAGCACGGGCGCCUACGGUAUCUUCGACGACAGACCCGGUCACGGACUCUUCCAUCGAAGCCUGCUCUGGCAGCGGAGUGAGGACGAAGGUGCUUUGAAGCUGAUUGACUUCUCGUUCAAACCCGAAUCUGCGGCCCCGACUUGGUCAUGGAUGGCACACGAGGGAGGUAUUGACUAUCUUGAUCCUCCCUUCCAACAGAUGGAAUGGGAGGAGACGGAAAUUGAGCCGCCCUGGACGGUCGCUGGCAGUGGAGAGUCUCACAACACCCACAACCUUAGAGUUGUUGCGCGGCCAUUCAAUGUGGCGGGGCACAUGCCCGGGGAUGUCAAAUUCGUCUACGACAACCCUGGCCGCGAGAGAGGAUCCGGUGAACAUCGGGCCAUGUGCGUUGUGGUGGCCAAGGAACGAGGAGAUAAGCCAGUGAGCGAGAAGAGGCACUAUGUUCUUGUUGUUACGGGUUCUGGAGCCGUAUCUGGCGACGACAAGAGGACAUUGUUUAUUCGACAAGGAGUCGGAUAUAUGACGGGGAAAUUUAUUGGGCUAGAAAGUGAACAUGGUUUGGAAGCCAUUGUUCGAUGA